AAAAAUUAUCGAAAUAGCGCAGCACCGCGCACCUGCGUGCGGCGGCCGCGCCUCGCUAUGAAACGUCACCCUCAAGAGGCAUUGCAGAUUGCGAUCAAAACAGCGUAGUUGGACACAUCGCAUCAGCCCGGCAAAGGACAACUGAGAAGUGACAGCAGGAAGCGGGAAGGUACUCCUGGGAAGAAUGGCGAUCAUGGAAUUGAGCAAGACUGCACGAUUUAAAAAUAUGAGACCCACGAUGGGAGAACUGGUAGCACUGUCUCUGGUAUUACUCUGGUGCACAUCCGCGGCCUUUGCCAAGCUCGGUACACCGGGAGGUCCCUUGAAGCUGAAACGCCCGCAAAUGGACUACCUUGAGGUCUUUGCCAGCAUACCGUACGCUGAAGUUAUUGCCUCGUCAGAGGACCCCACUUUUGAGUGCAUGUUGGCGAUACUAACAGAGAUAGACCCGCAAGCAGGAACAGCGACCUAUCUCUGGAUUUUUCCGUCGACUGGAGAGAACGCGUCUCUUCAUAUAAGAGCCCCGGAUGAAAGCGGAAUUGCAAUUUUUACAAUCGACAAUGAAUGCAUUCUCUUCGCAUCAAGAAAACUCAAGGGUUCGGUUCCUGAACGCUGCAUUCGCCCCUUCACAGACACGUGCGGUGGUGUGGCUCCCCAAAAUAGCGGAGACAUUUGUCCUGAUGGCGACAUGGAUGAUUGACCAACACUCCGGCAGGCUUUAGUGCGGU